AAUGCAAAACACACAGAUAUUUACUAACUUCGCUCACAGAGCACAUGAUGGAUUACCGUUUAACAGUGCGAAUCCUUCCAACAAAGAUCCAAUUUUCACAAUGCCAAUAUCGGUCAAACCGAAAACUCGUGAGCCGGCUUCUUUCACAGAUAACAGGAUAUAUGUCAGCAAUAUUCCCUUCUCGUUUCGUGAACAAGAUUUGGCGGCAAUGUUCUUCGCAUAUGGAAGAGUCCUGAGUGUGGAAAUCGUCACAAAUGAUCGUGGAUCCAAAGGGUUCGGGUUUGUCACACUCGAUUCCAUCGAAUCCUGUGAGAAAGCUCGUGCUGCGCUUCACGAAUCACAUGUUCAAGGAAGAAUUAUAGAAGUGAGAAGAGCGACACCAACCCGCAGAAAGCUUAUCAACAAUCCACAAAAUGAAGUUUUGCCACCACCAAAGCUGUGUGUCGAUCUUCGAGCCCCUCAUAAUUUAUGGAGAGCUGAGCCAAUGCAUCAGUUGUUCAAGGAAAAGGAGAACACAACAUGUUUUCCCGAAGCUGGAUUCAUGAUGGCACCAUACCGUAGCAAUGGAAUUUUCAACACGCGUAGUCUUGUGCAGACCAAACCACCUCGAUGCACCAAGCACAGCGAGCUCAAGCUUUCUUCAGCUGGUGAAUACUUCUGCAAAAACGGCGAGCCUACGACGGAAACAAGUAUUCUGAUGUGCAUGCACAGACAAAACUCACCAUGCAGCAAUAAGUGUUCUGAUUCUUCGAAUCACGAGCUGUCUGAUGUGGAGUUGAACUCUAUAUUCCCACAUCAUCUUCGUGACCAGAUUACUGCUCUUCUCGACACUUCAAACCAUUUUGGAUCAGGAAAUAAUAGUGCUAACAAAGGAAAGAGAGCACCAUCUGUGACAUCUUCUGGAUUGAGAUCAUCAGAGAGCGAGACAGUUUCAGACGAAGAGAUUCAUUGGUCCCCACAUAACAGCCCUGAUUAUCUUCUCGCUGCUCUCUACGAAGGUUCCACAUCGUUCCACGGAAAGUCUGUUUCUCCACCAAAAGAAUCGUCAAGCCAGUAAUCAGUUCAACUGAUACGCCCAUUUUAUUUCUACUAACUGCGUGUUUUGCAUUUUAUCGAACACCCCUAAACUUUCACUUAACCAAAAAGCUUUAACAAAUUUUUUACGGAAUCUUCUUGUACAGCGACACUCGUUGUCCUUGUCAAAUGAUUCGUUGCUAGUUUUUCUUCCCUGUAGCUUCUAUAUCGACCCCCCCGGUGUUAUUUUGUAGGAAUGCGUUUCAGCAUCUUCCCUAUUUUGCCAUCUCUCACAUACACUCAACAUUAGCAAUCGGAAAACAGAUCUUCUAUAUUGAAAAUAUACUACCAGUCCGUUUAACCUACCUCGCUUGCUAACAUUAUUGAAUGUGCCCACGUAUUGUAUUUUCUGAGCAUCUUUCUGUUUUUUUUGUAUUUUAUAGACGCUGUGUUCGCCAGUUAUUUUUGCAUUCCUGUAUUGCUCGAAGUCAAAUGAAGUGCUUCGCCAU